GGGGCCAAGCUCUGAGCAUUCGCCCAAGGCUGAUCUGCGCCUCCCAUUUCCUCCGGCUCUCUUUCCUCCUCCCUUCCCCCCCGCUCUCUACUUCUCUCGAGGGUGAAGUGGACGUGGAAUCUCCCCCAGCUGCUCUGCUUUCUCCCCGCCUAACCACCCCCCCUUGAAUGGAACUGAGCCCACUGGCGAGAGAUCAAGCUGUCGAUGCGCCACCAGCCUUAGAUCCCCCGUCGCCGGCACCUGCCGGCGCUGAGAGCUUACGCUCCAACUCCCGCUCCCCCACCCUCAUCAACGAACUCGACUUUGCAGUCGAUUACCAUGGACGGCCGUCGGCCGAGCGAGGCUUCGGGCAAAGGGCUGCCAGCUACAUCAAGCAUGCCUGCGCCCUGAUCUGCUCCGAGCGUGUCAAUGUCCUGCUACUCUUCGUCCCCGUCGGCCUGGCCGUCGGAUAUCUGGAUGUCGAUCCCAUCCUCAACUUCAUCUUGAGUGCCCUCUCCAUCAUCCCGCUCGCCAUCGUGAUCAGCUCUGCGACCGAAGUGCUCGCAAGCCGCUUGGGCGACACGGCUGGAGCUCUGCUGAAUGUAACUUUUGGAAAUGCCGCCGAAUUGAUCAUCUUCUUUGUCGCCUUGGCCAAGAACCAGAUCCGCAUUGUCCAGGCUUCCUUGCUCGGAUCGGUACUGACCAAUUUGUUGGUGGUGUUGGGAACGGCGCUGCUUCUCGGUGGCCUUCGCUUCGAAGACAAGCUACGAGAUAGGCCGGCCGCGCGAACUGGUAUUGCCUUGCUUACUCUCGGCCUUCUGCUUUCCAUCUUCCCGAUUGUCAUUUGGACGGCAACGAAUCACCAGUCUUCUGCCACCAAAGUCACCCACACAGUGCUGAGCAUCAGUCGCGGCUUGAGUUUUGGUCUGAUCUUCAUCUACCUGCUCUACUUGACCUUCCAACUGAAGAGUAAGGCGGCGGGACAAAAUGAACACGACACCAGCGCAAUCAUGCAUGACUGUGAGGCAAUGCCUCGGGCUGAGGUACCUCGUCGGCAACGACUUCACAACCUGCAAUCCAGCAUGAAUCGCUCAAGGUGGCUCCAAUGGGUUGCAGCUAUCCAUUCGCGCGAUCAUCGCGGAUCGUACACCACCGCGCCGCAAGCAGAUGAAGCAGCAAUCCCUUUGCCUCCGUGGACGGGCAAGCCUCAUCAGCCGUACUCAAGCGACCACGCACAUCAAUGGAGUACGCCAGAUCUUGAAGGCGGGCCAAAGGCCGGGGAGCAUAACUUCCGGCAAGAUCAUCACUACCUGGCCCGUCGAGACUCGCAAAUGUCGGACGCCAGCUCCACUGUUGCCGGAGAUGAGGCUGUCAUCUCAGCCGUGGCACAGGCAGCACGCUUGCCACCCUCACCACCGUCAACUCGCUCAGCUUCUCCCGUGAGCGAAUCGACCGAUACAAGUCACCAUUACUUAUUACCCGUGGCCUCACAAGCGGGUCCACCGUCACCGAAUCCACGCCAUGGAGUGCAUCUUUUCUUCCGCCGCAGAGACACCUUGAAGGAUCUGCGUCAAUAUCGCAAAGCACAAAGCGAUCAAUCCAGCACCCCCACAGCCGUGGCUUUGGGUAUUCUCAUCGUUGCCACGGGACUCGCGUCGCUGUGCAGUGAGCUUGCGGUUGACGCGAUCCCGUUCAUUGUCGAGUCCUGGGGAGUGAGCCACAUUUUCCUGGGCUUCAUCAUCCUGCCCGUCGUUGGCAAUGCAGCGGAACACGUCACCGCGGCGAAACUGGCGAUGCAUAAUAAGAUAGUCCUGGCGAAAAGCGUUGCCGUUGAAUCCAGCACUCAGGUACUGGUCUUGAUUGCUCCUUUGAUGGUUCUGCUCGGCUGGGCGAGGAACCGCGACAUGAGUCUGCAAUUCGAUGCUUUCGAGAUUGCGAGCGUCCUGGUUGCUUCUGCCCUCGCGAGUAUUGUGGUGAGCCGGGGCAAGGGCGGGUGGAAGCAAGGCGUUGUCUUGCUGGGGAGCUUUGGUGUCUUUGCGCUCGGCGCCGUCUUCUACCCAAUCCCUUCCGAGUUGCAUGGGAGACACGCCGAUGCAGUGUCGAGGUCAUUGAAAGAUUUGGGGUAUAGCUAACACUUCAGUGCGCACAAGUGGUUCAUUAGUCUGUAAGACAUUAUACAUAAAUCGUCGAACACGUGCGCGACGGUGUCGGCAUCGCGUGUCUCGCAAUCUCCUCCAAUCUCGCAAUCUCCUCUUCCUUGAUAGUGCCGGUUCACGGUGAGCAUAAUUAACCAUCGCAGACAGUCUCCUCCUUCAAAGGCACCACGAUAGGAUCGUUGAGACGAGGCCGCCUUAGUUCUACGGCGCAUCGGAAGGGCUCUUCGCGCGCAGCUCACUGAGGCAGCUAUGCUUGAUUGCCUGGCGUCUCGAGGCGGGCUUGCA